CAUCAUCCCGCCUAGCCCCCAAAAGCGCUCAAUUGGCGCCAUUUCUCUCUCUCACUCGUCUCACCGCUGAGAGCUGACUCUCAGCUUCAGCACAGGGAAGAAGGAGAAAUCGGCGGGAGAGACCUGAACGAUGAUGGAGCCGAUCUCUGCGAUGGACGUCGACGGCGAGGACUAUGGUACUAGUCACCCCACCAAGCCUGACAAGGGCAAAAACGUCGUCGUCGGUGCAGGCCCUCCGCCGGACAGCAAGGCCACGCCCUGGGUUGAGAAGUACCGCCCUCAGUCCCUCGCCGACGUGGCCGCCCACCGCGACAUUGUCGAUACCAUUGAUAGGCUGACUAGUGAGAAGAGAUUGCCGCAUCUUCUACUGUAUGGUCCUCCUGGAACAGGAAAGACAUCGACUAUACUUGCAGUGGCUCGCAAGCUUUAUGGAGCUCAAUACCACAAUAUGAUCUUGGAGCUGAAUGCAUCCGAUGAUAGAGGUAUCGACGUUGUGCGCCAGCAGAUCCAAGAUUUUGCAAGCACUCAGAGCUUCUCGUUUAGUGGGAAGUCAUCUGUCAAGUUGGUUUUACUAGAUGAGGCUGAUGCAAUGACAAAGGAUGCCCAGUUUGCACUACGUAGAGUGAUCGAGAAGUACACGAAGAACACUAGGUUUGCCCUUAUCUGUAACCACGUGAACAAGAUUAUUCCAGCACUGCAGUCAAGAUGUACUCGUUUUAGAUUUGCUCCACUUGACUGGCUUCAUGUGACAGAUCGACUUAAACAUGUCAUAGCUGCUGAGGGGCUUGAUGUAACUGAAGGUGGCUUAGAAGCACAUGUUCGGCUUAGCAAUGGUGACAUGAGAAAGGCCUUGAACAUUUUGCAGUCAACACACAUGGCUUCUCAACAAAUAACAGAAGAAGCUGUAUACUUGUGUACUGGGAAUCCAUUGCCCAAGGAUAUUGAGCAGAUAGCUUACUGGCUUCUCAAUGAAUCUUUCGCCACAAGCUACAAACGAAUAUCUGAGAUGAAGACAAGGAAAGGGCUAGCCUUGGUGGAUAUCAUAAGGGAAGUGACAAUGUUUGUAUUCAAAAUCAAGAUGCCGUCAGAUGUUCGGAUCAAUUUGAUUAAUGGUUUAGCAGACAUUGAGUACAGGUUGAGUUUCGGAUGCAACGAUAAACUUCAACUGGGUUCCCUUAUUUCUUCAUUCACAGAUGCUCGAACUGCACUGGUUGCUGCAGCAAAGUAGGUUUGUUCCUUUACUAGACCUUGGCACCUUCCGGUCCCAGCCAUCUCGCUUCCAAGGCAUCCUGCCUAGCAUCAGAUGGACCUGCAGUGUCUUAAAGUAGCUAUGUUUACAGAGGUUUCGUCGCCCUUAACAGCUGCCUCAUCUUUUGACUACUUAGCGCUGGUCGGAAAAUAUGUUUUAUGUAAAGUCGUCCUAUCUAGGAUUCUUUCUUUUUUCCUUGUCUUUUUUGGACGACGUACAAUAUUUACCAACGUGAAGUGCUCGAGUUUACAAACCUACCGUAUGACAUUGGACCGGCGCCCGAGUAUGCAUCAUUUAUUUAAGGCCUUUCACCUGA